AUGUCGGCUGCCCCGCAUCAGUUCGUCCAGAGCGACUCGACCGAUAGAAACUUUGACCCCGAGCUCUCAAAUUUAUAUCUUUCUACCGCAAUCGACCCUGAAGAAGCAGAAUUCCAAUCAUCUGCGCUCAGAUUGACGCCCGUCGACGACCGGGGCGGCGCAUGGAAUAGCUCUGCGUCGCCACUAGAACGCUCCGUCAACAAUGCCUCAACACCAGACAAUCGCGAGGGCUAUGGUACGUCCUAUUCUGAAUUUCUCAGCCCGGUCGAGGAUUGGACAAGUGACAUAAGCGGCCAUACUUCGCCUGCCGAUUUAACGAUACCCGGUGUAUGGCCGACCAACAACACACAAACAUCGUUGCCAAAUCAGUUCGAUCCUAGGCCACCAUCACCACAUACGACCAUGGAUCCCUCCCAGCUCCUUACGCCGAACCUAACUAAUCAUCCAAGCCCAGCUUCGGACGCGAUGGGUGCUGGUAGCCAUCGCGUUCCGCGGUCUCAUCAGCCGCCCAUACCUCGCUUGAUUACGACCCCUAUAAACAACACUCUCGGCCCUCGCCCAAUCCCUGAAUCCGUCACAACGAUAAGCCCAAUCGUCAAGGUUGAGAGUUACUCGCGAGGUGAUUCACCUGUCAGGGAUAGCUUCUCAACUAACCGCCGCCCGAGCCAGUCAUCAGUACAUCUUUCCCCUGGGGGAGCGUCUAACGCCUCGGACGAAGAUGCUACCAUGGAGUAUGAUAACCAUUCCAUUUCAAGGUCAGCGAACGGGGCGUGGGUUCCAAAUGCGCUUACUGGUCAAUCCGGCCUCGCACCGAAUGCGCGAGAGGAUGUAUAUGUCCUUAGCCCCAGCGAGGUGGACUCGCAACGAAAGCUGGCGGAAAGGAAUGCUGAUAUUUAUACAUGGUCGGAGGCCGUUAGUGAGGCCCACAGCGAAGCUGGUGAUGAUUACCUGCCUUCCCAGAGAGGCCGAAGUGACCGUCGUGGGACUAGGCGAAGGGCGAAGAGUACCGGAGAUCCGUCCCUCCAACAAGAUUAUUUCAAUCUCAAGUUUCACCCCAGCCGUCUUGAAGUUCCUGGACCAGGACUUUUGCUUCAGGAGACAAGCGAUUUUAGCGAGGAUGGGACAGACUCAUCAGCGCCCGUUAGUGUAAAGGAGGAGAUGUGGGCCCGUGAAGCAUCCGAAAUUACUUCUCCUGGGGCUCAGGCCACAGAAACAGGCGAGUCGCAGCCUCAUCAGUUCUUGGGAUCUCCUCCGUGGCGUGACGUUGAGCUCGAUUUGGCUCCUCGAACAACACCGAUCCAACCAGUCAGCUCUACUCAAGCCAUGGUUGAAUAUCAGAGACGUGCUCGAGAAUAUGACGCUUUAUCCCGUGUUGCGACUUGGGGUACGCGCGAUCUCGAUGCCAACAGUAUCAAAUCCUUCCAGAUGAUGAAUCUCAAUGGGAAUGGGAAAGAGAAGAAACACGAGAGACGGAGCAGUCUCCUCAAGUAUUUUCCUCAGAAAAAGGGCGGUCUUCUAAAGCGACAACGCCAAAAAACUGAUAUUUCCACCAUUGAACCUGUUCUCGAAGGCCAAGCCCAGGACACAGAAAGCAAGCCGGCCCCCCAGAGAAAAGACAGCUUUCCUCAUCGGCUUAGUCUUGGUCUCUCCCAAAAGUCUUCUAGCAGUUAUAGCAUCGGCGGUGCAGUCAUGGCAACGACGAGGCAGAUGGCUGCCAUUGGCGGCAAGGAUUCACUGAGUGUUGUAUCUCCAAACUCUACAUCCAAACCUUGGAACACGCUCAAGGUGCGAGGACGGAGUAGAAGUGAGGUACCCAGAGCACCAGGGUUGUUGGAGCUCAUGACGAGUCACGGUGGUCCGCCUGUUCCCAACAUCAACUACACAACCGAGUCCACGGCUAACACAGGCGCCAAUCCUGCGGGUCCCGAUCAUGAUGCCGAGGAAGAGGACGAUGAUGGUAGUGAUGAAAAAGGCCUUGUCAUGGAAUUCCCGAUACCGCCAAACCUACCUGUACCGACUUUGGAAGGAUUCAGAACACAGAUUCUCCAGCUCAACCCACGACUUGAACCCGCUCUGAUUGAUCGCUUUGCACAUGAGCAGGUCCGGCGUUACAAGAGGUUGAUCGAAAUCAAACAAACACACGCUCGGGAUGUUAAUCGCGGGAAAUGCAAAGCCGGGAAAUUUUGCUUCGCCCUGGGAGGUAACGCCAAACUUCUACCACCCCGCGCUUCAGCUCAAGAUGCAGAUUCGCACACCCAGUUUCAGAUUCCAGGUCGAGACGAGACAGAGGAAAGCCCCAAGGGCCUCGGAGAAACGACCAUUGCUACGGCCCAAUUCCCGCCAGGGGUUCCGCUUCCACCACCACAGGUCAAAUUAUUGCCGGCCGAGUUUGAAUGUAUGGUUUGCUUUCAUAUUAAGAAGUUCCAGAAGCCGUCAGAUUGGACCAAGCAUGUUUAUGAAGAUGUACAACCUUUCACUUGCACGUUUCCGGACUGCACCGAUCCCAAGUCCUUCAAACGCAAAGCUGACUGGGUUCGGCAUGAGAGCGAGCGGCAUCGGCAGCUCGAGUGGUGGGAAUGCUUGUUUACUGAUUGUCGCCACAAAUGCUACCGGAAAGACAAUUUUGUGCAGCAUCUCGUUCGUGAACAUAAAUUGCCAGAACCGAAAGUCAAAAAGUCAAAGAACAAGGAACUGUCAAAAAGGGCGGCAAUUGAAGCAAUCACCCCUGAGUUGCAGGAGGAGAUCAACCGUGAGCAGGAAAUCAACAAACUCUGGGAGCUCGUGGAAAGCUGUCGAUUUGACACAGCGAAAAGCCCCAGAGAGGAACCUUGCCGAUUUUGCGGCAAUGUCUGCACCAACUGGAAGAAGCUCACUGUGCAUCUGGCCAAGCACAUGGAGCAAUUGGCUAUUCCGAUUCUCGGUCUUGUGGAUGAAAGAGAUUUCCCGCAUGACAUCGAUACCUUCUCGAAUAGCAACACGGACAUUUGUUCUGGUCAAAUGUCUGUCAGCCAGGAAAGCAAAGAGUUUGCUCCAAAGUUAAACACUGGGAGGAUGGCUAAGGGUCUUGGGCCAUCAAUUAAUUUCACGCAGGGACAGUAUACGAGCAGCCAUGCGGGGGCAUCCGAACCGCUUGCGAUGCCAUUCAAUACGGACGAAGCGUACAUUCCUGCUACCUCGAUGCCUAUAGACGGUACAGCGCCCAGCCAAUUGAAUAAUUUUGAAGGCAUCUCGCAGUACGCGACACAUGGAGGCAUGCCUGAACAGACUGCCCUGGCCGAGGAACAGCCACGGUUAAUUGCCAUGCACCAACAUCAGAACUCAACCUAA